ACACAGGUCGCACUCCCAAUUUUGCACUCCCAAUCGAGAUUCAAGAAUCGCUUCAUCACCAAACCACUUCCAUCUCCCGUUUCAUCAACGUCAAUAAUCCAACAUGGGUAAGGUUCACGGCUCUCUCGCCCGUGCCGGUAAGGUCAAGGCUGCCACUCCUAAGGUCGAGCCCCAGGAGAAGAAGAAGAACCCCAAGGGUCGCGCCUACAAGCGUAUUCUUUACACUCGCCGUUUCGUCAACGUUACCAUGACCGGUGGCAAGCGCAAGAUGAACCCCAACCCCGGCCAAUAGAUUAUUCAAGUCGUUAAAACAACCACCUGAGCCGCGAUCGGCUAGUCGAGUUCUACGAUGAAAAUCUUCGCAUAACCACGGCACGACCACGGCCCAAACGAACGAAAGCACACCAGAUACGGCUGGUACUUGUACGGAUGAUAUCACGCUUCUUCGUCUUCACUUGAAUUUUUUUUUUGCUGGCAACGGAUGGGUUUUUUUGGAGGUUGAUUCGCGGAAAUGGAUGAAUACCCAUGGCGGUCUGAGGAUGGAAAGCUGUGGCUGGAUGUGAGCUGUCUACGGGCAGUCCUCGCAGGCUAGACUUCAGAGUCACUUUUCGACUCAUUUCAUAGGCUGUUUCAUGAAUUGCAUUUCCGAUCCAGAAAUGGACUCUACCUCUUUUUCCAUGCUUUUCGGGUUAUCUCUACUCGAGACAGUGCCUAUGGGCAUACUUCGAACUUGCUCUUCUUACUCAGAUGUCCGCCUCUCCAGGCCUGAUAUUGGAGUUGUAGAAUGUAUCAGACGGACCCUUCCAUGGUGGGACUCGACCCCUCUGCGGUUUGUUCUGUUGGUAUCCCAACGACAAGAAUGUAAUACAAACCCCCCAGCGGUACAUCGAAGUAUGCUCCGAACUUCUAUCUAUGUAUAUGAUGUUUGGCCCACGUGUCAGAGCUCAUUAGUAUAUAGUCCAAGUCCUCACCUUGCC